AUGUCAAAACGCCCAAACUUCUUAAUCAUCGUCGCAGAUGAUCUCGGCUUCAGCGACAUCAGUCCCUAUGGAGGCGAAAUUUCGACACCGGUGCUCUCCAAGAUGGCCGAAGAAGGCAUCCGUAUGACGAAUUUCCAUACGGCCUCGGCAUGCUCACCCACGAGGUCGAUGCUGUUCUCUGGCACCGACAAUCACAUAGCUGGUCUCGGUCAGAUGGCGGAAUACAUGCGUCCGCACGCGGUUCACUUCAAGGGGAUCCCAGGCUACGAGGGAUAUCUCAACUGGCGCGUUGCCGCACUGUCGGAGAUAUUGGAGGAUGGAGGAUACCACACCAUCAUGUCCGGGAAAUGGCAUCUAGGACUCACUCAAGAACUGGCCCCCGCCUCGAGAGGGUUUCAAAAGAACUUUACCUUCUUGCCGGGCGCGGGAAACCACUAUGCGUACGAGCCCCAACUCGACGACGACGAAUUCGUGAUUCCUGUUCUCAAGACCGAAGGGCGCUGGAUGGAAGGCGAAAAGUUUAUCGAUAUGAAGACAGAAUUGCCCAAGGAUUUCUAUUCGACGACGUCAUUCACCGACAAGCUGCUGGAGUACCUGGAUGGACGAACACCCAACGAAAGAGACGCUCCCUUCUUCGCGUAUCUGCCGUUUACCGCGCCUCAUUGGCCGUUACAGGCACCACGAGAAGUGGUCGCCAAAUAUCACGGGAAAUACGACGACGGGCCUGACGCUUUGACGCAAAAGAGACUUCGACGUCUGGUCGAGCUCGGAUUGAUCGAAGAAGGAACCGGGCAUGCACCUCCUCAAGGACACCUCGGUAAGGAAUGGAGCGACAUGUCGGACGAAGACCGAGCAACAUCGGCUCGUAAGAUGGAGGUUUUCGCUGCCAUGGUCGAUUUGAUCGAUCAGAACAUCGGUCGCGUGGUGGAAUACUUGACAAAGACAGGUGAGCUGGACAAUACAUUUAUUCUCUUCAUGAGCGACAACGGGGCUGAAGGAGCCGCUCUCGAAGCUCUGCCCAUGAUGGGAUCGGCCAAAACGAGGGCCGACAUCAUCGAGAAGUACUACAACAACAGCCUGGAGAACAUCGGUGACCCGACGUCGUUCGCCUGGUACGGGCCCCGCUGGGCGUGUGCGGCGACGGCACCGUCAAGGGCAUUCAAAUGCUGGAUCACGGAAGGUGGCAUCAGGUGUCCGUGCUUGAUCCGUUACCCGCCGUUCAAGAAUAACGCGAGCGCCAUCACUCAUACGUUCACCACGGUGAUGGACAUUCUACCCACGAUUCUCGAUCUUGCGGGAUUGUCUCAUCCAGGCACGACAUUUCGUGGGAGGGAUGUCGUCGUCCCUCGUGGCAAGUCCUGGGUCAGUCAUCUAUCGUCCUCCGACUAUCGUGGCUCUUCUGUUCACGGUGAAGACGUCCACGUCCACGGCUGGGAACUCUUUGGACAGCGUGCCAUCAGAGAGGGUGAGUGGAAAGCCAUCUGGAUCGACAAGCCUCGCGGCAAGGGAGACUGGCAGCUUUACAACGUGGUGAAGGAUCCAGCCGAAAUGCACGAUCUGUCCGAGGCGCAAGCAGAGAUCAUGGAUCGUCUGGUGAGGCAUUGGGAGAUUUAUUACGCCGAGACGGGCAUGGUACAGACGCCUUUGUUCAAUACUGGCUAA